AUUGAACAUGCUAAACGCCAUGUGCGCCUGUAUGGCUUCCGUCCUGGGCGAAGAACAUAGGAUAUCACUUAUGUUCUGAAACGAUAUAUCAGCACGCAGCCCUUCGGGGCAAGCGGGAAAGUCUGUCCUCGCAAAUCUCGAUAUCCAGCAGGCCCUCGAUAAUGUAUCGCCUCUAGUUACUUUGCGUUGCUUGGAACAGUUGUCCAUGCCAGACGACCGCAUGUAUGCUGUGAUGGAGCCGAUGACGAGGAACAGUUGCACCGCCACCUUUGCAGGGACUUAAACGUCAACUCCUGUGAUGUGGGAUCGUUGCAUUCGUGCGGGAGGCCUUGAGGGCCCCAUCAUAUUUCUUGCUGUAUCUAUCGUAGCUUGGCAGAGUGUUGUGCUGUCGCGGCGCAGCGAGGGCCGCCUGGGCUUUGCCCUGGAAGCGGGCAGGCUCUUGCAGGGUCAAAAAAUUACACACUCCGCGUGGGUGGGCAACCUCUUGCUGUAUGCUGAAUCAAAGGAAGAUCUUUCUCGCAUGGUGUAUGACAUGAGUGUGCCGUUAGUUCGAGCAGGCCUCGCGUGGAAACCCAAGUCGCUGCAAUGUGUGUGUGUGUGUGUGUGUGUGUUGCGGCUCGGCUGCGCCCCCUGGUAUCGCGCCGACCCCGGCGCAUGCCCUGCGUGCAUCCGUGCCGAAUGGCGAUGGAAUGCAGGAACCCACUGUCUUUACAUUGCCAAGGGUGCAACGUUUCGAUAUCUUAGGAACUGCGUUUGAAGAAUCCUGGAAAGAACAUCGUGUUGCGGAACAGGCAAUCGAGAGAGCACAGCCGUGCUUCUUUUGAUAGAAAUGUUUCUAUCGAGCGACUGGCAUUCGGUGAACGAUCGGUUUGAACGCUACAGGACGAGAGUGGUCUCUACGAUGUUGUUUGAUUGUGAGGGUAAGACGGCAGACGGUUGCGACGCUGACAAAACAUACAUUCGUUCGAGGGAAGAUGCCUGGCGAGUAUGUCGGGACAGAGGAAGAGGAGGACGGAGGGCUGGGCGGAGCUUCAGAAGAGAAGAUAUGAUGUCGGUCGCCGUCGAUAUCAUGCAUGUGGAUUUCGAAGUGCUGCCCAACUCUGGCUCGAACGCAUUUGGGAGUGGGCGACAGCUGUCGCGGUGGCGGCUCGCAUUCGGCUUGGUAAGAUUGAGGCCUCGAAGGGAGAUGGGCCGCAAACCCGAGCCAUGCCACAGGCAAGCGGCCUUGUUUCAGCCGCCGAUGAUUUUGCGGAGAACGCUAAUCCCGAGCGGGCACAGCCGGCCUCUGGUGCAGCCGCCAUGAGCUUAGAUGAGGAGGAGAAGACAGACUCCAACGUCUCCCUGAACAGGUGCCAGGCCAAGAGCUUGGCCAUGCGCGUGGCGGCAGGUACGACGGUGAUGACCCAGAAUAUCCGACGGGCUUGCCCACCAUCGCCGAACACCGGUGACGAGGCAUGUCAGGCGGAACCGAUGUCAUAGGAGUGGCUGAUCUCGGGCUUGGCAAUGCUGCAUGGACGUGGGCGCUGGACGGAGGACCGAGAGAUAUUCAUAUCGACAUUGCAGGGGUGUGAGAAGACAGAA